AUGAAAGAACAAGACGAGAUCCAGAAGGCUCACUGGAACACAAAACCGUUGAGUAUAUUUACUGCUUUUGUCUGGUCCAAAAAUGAAAAUUUUUCGUUUGCUCUACCAUCGUUGGAUGUAGCACAUGAUAAGUUUGUUGUCGAUUCUCGUUUGGAAAUCAUUUUAAAUCAUAUUAAAACAGUUCUUCCAAAUGUUAAAGGAAUAAAUUGUUUUUCGGACGAUGCUGCUGUACAGUUUAAACAACGUUUUCAUUUUCGUAAUUUAAUACAAAUUGCUAAUGAACAUAAAAUUAAUUUGAGUUGGCACUUUUUUGCAACUUCUCAUGGAAAAGGUGCCGUCGAUGGAAUUGGGGGUGUUGUGAAACGUCUUGUAUGCUCGGCAGGAGAAGUUUGUCGAUCAGCUGAAGAUUUUAUUGAACUUGCAAAGAAAAAAACUAAGUAA